GGCUCUGAGAGGAGAGGAGAGGAGAGGAGCAGUCUGGCAAGAUAAUGCAAGCAAGACGCAGCGAUUUCCCUUUGGCGUCAGGGACAGCGUUUGUAGAGUCGAUUGGCAGCGCCUUAUUAGGAAAUCAGUGUAACCAUCGCGGUGCUUUCAUUGCAUCCAACAUUGGAAGAAGGUUUUUAAGACGGCUGGUGGGGAAACUUGAGUAAACAUGGUCGUCUGGAACGAUUCUAGACACUCGAACUGCAGUAACUAGAGGACGUUUAACUACCUGUAGGAUUUCAGCGGUUCAGGAGAAAAGGAGUAUAUAAACACACAUCUUGUACUUUACGCAGCGUCUUCAACGUUCAUCUUUCGAUUUAAUAUGUCUAGUGAUCUUUUCCAAAGAAACAAAUAAAGCCUCAUAAAAAUUGGACCUUGCUAACAUCCGAGCAACGCGCACGUUCGAUCCGGUUGCUUCUCAAUCCUAAUCGCCCUGCGCAUCCAUUCACCAUUUUAUCGGACUGAACCCCGAAAGAUUCACAGAGACCAGCCGAUUCCAUGGAGUGAGCGUCCCUCAGUGCGUCUUCUCCUCGUCAAAACCGAGGGACUAAAUCAUUGCUUAGUGGGAUUUCCACCGAGCGCCAUGUAGGGAAUCCGCAAUGUCCAAAGCGCCGCGCGCUGUGUGAAGUCCGAGCUUGUGUCAUCGCAGAGAUGCCCGUGCGCGCCGUGCCCUCCAGGUUCAUGUACAGGGGACUCUGCUCGGUGCCAGACAUCCUCUCUUACAGGACUCCUGUCAGCCUCCCCGAGGAUGAAGUGGAAGAGAUCCGAGAGGCCUUUAAAGUGUUUGAUCGUGAUGGAAAUGGAUUCAUCUCGAAGCAGGAGCUGGGCAUGGCCAUGAGAUCUCUGGGAUAUAUGCCCAAUGAGGUGGAGCUGGAGGUCAUCAUCAAGAGACUGGACAUGGAUGCAGCAGGAGCUGAGUCACAAGUGCAGAAAGCUCCAGAUGAAGAAACAGGUGGAACAGAGCAGAAUCAGGGCAUCAGGAUGAAUCUGGGAGGUCCAGAGGGUGAGAGGAAUCACAGCAGUAGAAGUGUGUCAGGAUCUGGAAUCAGAAUCACAUCAAAUCAGUGUGAUAUGCAGAAGCUGACAGUGGAUGAGCUAAAGAGACUCCUGUACGACACAUUCUGUGACCAUUUGACAAUGAAAGACAUUGAGAACAUCAUCAUGACUGAGGAGAGCCAUAUGAACAGCCCUGAGUGUCAAGUUCACAUUGACACAAGCCCCAUGCAACAAGUCAAGCAUACAUGUGUGCGAAAGAGCUUGAUUUGUGCCUUCGCCAUUGCAUUCAUCAUCAGUGUCAUGCUUAUUGCAGCCAAUCAGAUGCUUCGACGAGGGAUGAAGUGAGUGAGUCAACCUCCCCAUCUCUGUCGCUUCAGUAAAUCUAGUGUAAUCAUUUCUAUGUUCCCCUUCAUGUUUAAAUUAUUUGCAGCUCACAUACUGACCCUGGUGUAAAGAAAGAGAUAAAUUAAGAUAAGGAUAACUGUAGGCUUUAUGUAGCCUUUAGGCCCUUACCUUUUUUUGUGUCAUUUAAAAAUUAGUGAAUAUUAAUGCAAGUAGUUAUAGUCAUAUUAAAGCAUGUGUGUAUUAUUUCAUCAUUAUAUAGAUACAAUAUCUAUAUGUUGCUUAAACAUGUUUGAAGUAGCUCAUGGUUUUGUAACAAAUAAAGAAGAAUCAGUUGGAUCGAUUUGCAUGGAUUUGCAGAAUCUCCUAGGGCUUUUCCAAAAACCCUGGUCAUCAUCCAGAGCUGAGGUCAUUGUACUGGCAGGCAGGGUUAGCAAGGGUAGAUCUAUCCAAGUUAAAACACAGCCAGAGGUCAAAAACCAGCAGAUACAAAAUACACACUGAAAAUUAUAAAACGAGGAAUAUAGAAAUCAACUAAGAAAAAGACUAGUAAACAACAAAUAAAUGGCUCAGAAUUGCUGCAUAAGCACAUGCAUGACCACAAACAUGGUAUAUUUACAUCUGUUAAAAAGAACACAAAAAGACAAAUGACAAGAAACAGGUGGUAACCAUAAUUAGGGCAGUGAAUUAGAAGGGAUCUUCAGGGAGCAGAGACUUCAAGGUCCAGUCAGAGCCCCUCUGGUGUUGUUGCAGAAAUGUAAACUUCUUCAUUAUAUAUUCCAUAUAUCCGCAUUUCUCAGGAAUUUGUUUACAUAAUAUUUAUUUACAGUGCAGACAGAAAGCUCUGUGAAAUAUGGUGUCACAUGAUUCAAACAACAUACACAUCAGAAAAUCAUAUGUACUUAUUUUACUUAAGCGUUUCCAUAGGGACUAAUUCUUUAUCAGUGCAGCUGACCUUGAAUAUCAUCAUAGGGAACAACUGUCACCUACAUGGUAAAGAAGA